GAUGGCGAGUGGCUCAAGGAUUCAGAAAAUCGGCGCGUGCUGCUGCGAGGAGUGAACCUCGGCGGCUCCUCGAAGAUGCCGGUAGGGCUGCGGACCAACGAUGCCAGCGGGCUGGAGAGGAAGGGCAUCACGUUUGUCGGGCGGCCUUUCCCGCUCGAGGAGGCGGAUGAGCACCUGGAGCGGCUCGCGUGCUGGGGCCUGACGUUCCUGCGCUUCCUGGUGACCUGGGAGGCGGUUGAGCACGAGGGUCCAGGGGUCUACGACCGGGAGUACCUGACGUAUGUGCGGGAUGUGAUCAGGAAGGCGGGCCAGCAUGGGAUCUCCGUGUUUGUGGACCCCCACCAGGACGUGUGGUCCAGGUGGACGGGAGGAGACGGGGCCCCUGCCUGGACCCUUGACGCGGCAGGGUUCGAGGUGAGCAGGCUGCAUGAGAGUGGUGCAGCGUUCACGCACCAGCACCACGGGGAUCCGCUGCCGAGCAUGAUGUGGAUCCCCAACCACAUGCGGCUGGCGGCAGGGACCAUGUUCACUCUCUUCUUCGGGGGGCGGGACUUCGCGCCCCUGCUCACGGUGGAGGGGAAGAACAUCCAGGACUGGCUGCAGGAGCACUACAUCCGAGCCAUGGUGGCGCUUGCCGAGACCCUGAGGGACGAGCCCAACGUGCUGGGCUUCGAUACCCUCAACGAGCCAAACUUAGGGAUGAUCGGGUGGGAGGACGUGAGGAGGAAGUCGGCGUACCUCAAGCACGGGUGGUGCGCCUCGUGGUUCGAGUCGUUCCAGCUUGGGGAAGGAAAGGCGCUUGCUGUGGAUUACUACUACCCCUCCUACGUGUGGAACGGGAAGAAGACGCUGAAUGCUGGGAGGGUCAGGGCAUGGAGGGAGGGCAGGGAGUGCGUCUGGAAGCAGCAUGGCGUGUGGGACGUGGACGAGCGGGGAGAGGCUGUGCUGCUGAAGCCGCACUACUUCCAGGAGGUGAGGGGGAGGAAGGUUAACGCGAUGGGGGACUACUUCGUUCCCUUCCUGAGGAGAUUCAUGACGGCGAUCAGGAAGGCUUCUCCUGGGAGUUUCAUCUUCAUCGACAGGGACACAGACUUCGAGGACCCCACUGCUGAGCACUGCCCCAGGUUCUCGCAGAGGAGCGAGGGGGGAAUUAUCUGGGCUCCUCAUUGGUAUGACGUCGUGCCCUUGGUCGCCAAGUCUUUCCGCUCGUGGGUAGGGCUGGCACACUUCGAGGAGAAGGUCAACCCUUACAAGCCCCCGAUCGUGCUGGGGAAGGAGCGGGUGGCGCAGGAGAACGCAGCGAAACUCAAGGCCCUGAAGAAGAUCGCGAGGGGGAUAAGGAGGAGAGGCUGCCCGACUAUCAUCGGAGAGAUCGGGAUCCCCUUCAACAUGAACGACGGGGAGAGUUUCAGGACAAACGACUUUAACCUGCAGAUCUCAGCCAUGGACUCGUCCCUGCGCGCUGUGGAGGAAGCGCUGGUGCACGCCACGAUCUGGAACUACACGCCUGAUAACUGCAACCGAUACGGGGAUGGGUGGAACGGGGAGGACCUGUCUGUCUACUGCGCUGAUCAGGUGUUUUGCUGUUACGUGUUCUCGGGAGGACGGGCACUGCCUGCGGUGAUCCGACCAUACCCGAUGAGGACGGCGGGGGAGCCGAAGGAGUUGAGGUUUGAAGUCAAGAGCAGGAGGUUUGUUUUCUCCUUCUGCCAUGAUCCAGAGUCGUCUGCUCCCACCAUUAUCUUCCUUCCUUACUUCCAGUAUCCU